AUGUUUUUGGUUUGGAGUCUUUUAGUUAUAGCCACUUUGGCGAACGCGAAUGACUUGUUUGGAACAUGGACUACCAAAUCUCGUGAUGUUUUUACUGGUCCAGGUUUUUACGAUCCGCUCAACGACAGACUGCUCGAGCCUAAUCUAACAGGCAUUUCGUACUCAUUUGAUGAUGAUGGAAAUUAUGAAUCCGCAUACUAUCGCGCAAUCUCAAACCCGACCGACCCAUCAUGCCCGGGAGGGAUUCUACAGUGGCAACAUGGAUCUUAUACUGUGUUCGGAAACGGAACUCUAGUAUUGACUCCAAUUGCUGUCGAUGGUCGCCAGCUACUGUCCGAGCCCUGUCGGAAGCAGUCAGGUCAAUAUACACGAUACAACACCACCGAGCAGUUCAAUGAAUUCUCCGUGUAUAUCGACAAGUUUAAUCAACUUAAACGCCUCGACUUGACCAAGGCCGAUGGCUCAAUCCUCCAUCCCAUGUUCCUCGCCUACCAGCCACCAAAGAUGCUCCCCACCACAACAUUGAACCCCACGCCAGGGCAUAAGCGAAAGCGAGAACUAUCGUCAGAAUCAGGAUUCCAGCUGAUCGCCAGAGAACAGCUGAUCAAUCCAGACCGGUGGUGGUGGUUGGGUGUUCUAAUGACAUCUUUUGGAGGAGUAGCUUUCUUCUGCUCAUGA